AUGCAAUUCGUUGACGUGCCGAGUGACUUUGAAGGAGAGGGCUGUUGUCACAACUUGCUCUUCCUCGUUUUCAACCAGCGGCUCGCACUGACGAGGCCAGACACAUAUUUUGUCUUGGAUGCGCAGAUGGCCUUGGUCUCUCACAUCAUACGAAUGAGCCCCGUUGUCCAGCUUGUCAAACCACCCUACCCAAUCCAGACGAUGCCGUGUCGACGAUUCUCAAUCCAACGGAAGACUACAAAACCAGUGUGUUGA